GACAUGAUGUCAUAGACAAGAGAGUAGGGGGAAGUCUGAGCAGAGUGCUCUGUGCCUUCCUGCACACCCAGCUCAGGAAGUUGAGGCAGAAACAGAGGGAGGGCUGACACAGAGAAACACAUUUUCCCUUUGCGUCUGACUUUUUCCUUAUUCAGUCCUGCUCCGACCAACGGUACAGAGAAGGAAGGGGGAGCAGAGAGAAGGCGGGGUUUCUGAUGGAGCGCAGAGAAUUGACGGUUGAACACUGAAUCUGUGGAAAUAUGAUGGAAGCCAGCGUUAUUUCCCAGGACACUGGCCCUCUGACAGAAGCACUCGAUACUCCAUCCAUCCCAUCAUCCCCUGCACUCCUUCAACCUUCCCUGACGCCCAAACUUCCAGCCAACCCAGGUCGACCUAAACCACAGCUCCCCUCUCGACCUCCACUACCUCCCUCCACUCCUCCGUCCCUCCCUCCUCCUCUUCCACCAGUUUCUAAACCUCCUCUCAUCUCCAGCCACUCUGUCCCAUGUCUUCCUCCUCCUCUUUCCCCAACUCCAGUAUCUCCUCCCCGGCUGUCUAUGCAGCUAGUUGUCUCCUCCGAUUUAACUCCAUCCUCUAAUCCGAGUCCACUCCAUCCUCAGCUUUUAGCUCCCACAGUCUCACCCUGCAUCUCACCACCACCACCACUACCACCUACCCCCCCUGUCAUCCCAUCAGUCUCUUCAACUCCUCCACUGCUGAGUCCUAUAAAUCGCCUGGUUGGGAGCACCACAGCAUGGCAUCUUAAAGGAAUCAGCCAAGACCAGAUUACCAGUGUCCUGGAGAAGGAGACAGCUGGGGCCUUCCUGGUUCAUAGCACAGAAGAGGAGGUCAUGACGCUGUCAUUACGCCUGCCCGAUGAACAGGGGCCACCGCUCAUACACAGUCUGAUGAUCAAACAACACAACACAUUUGUCCACCUGGAUGCUUCCUCUCUGGUUUUUGAUGACAUCUUCAAACUUAUUUCCUUUUACUGUGCCAGCAGGGACAUCCUGACCGUCCAGCUGAGGUUACCCAGGGCCAUUACCACGGCAACUACGAAAGAGGAACUGGAGGUCAUCUCUGCUAUGGGUGCAGAUUUCUGGACGUCUGAUUUGAAUCAGAAGGACCAGGACGUGGUUUUGGAUCAAAACAGUUGGUAUUUGUAUGUCAACCCGGUCACUAUAGAAGAGAGCCCAAACAAAGGCCUGAAGUCCCCCUAUUUCUCUAACCUGGAUACAAUCACAGAUCAAAACACCACCUCCUGCUCCCUGCAGAAUGGAGAAGCAGCACUGAAGGAAAACCCAGAGGACAAAAUUCAGAAUAAGACCAUAAUAAACCAGGAGAUUAAAUACAAACGCCCCCCACCCCGACCACCGAGCCUAAGCUUUGGGUCUGGGAUGGGCCUCCUCUUCUCCUCUCCUCCUCUUCAAACUUCUUCUUCUGUACCUCUAGCUGCCAUGAGAAAAGAGGAAGGAAGGGCAGGAGGAGGGGACAGAGAAGAGAGGAAGUCAAUGUCACCAUCACCUACUCCAUUGAGGCCUCCUGUUCCCCUGCAGAGCCGAGCCGCUCCCCCUCUUCCUCCUGCUCCUGUCCGUCGCACCUCAGCCAGGAAGCGCACUGAGCAAGAGGUAGGAGAAGGGACGGAGAGAGAAAGGGGACAAAAUCCUGCAGGGAAAACAGAGAAAAGGGGGGGAGGAGGAGACAGGGAAGAGGAGAAAUUAGGAAGUAAACCAGGUCUGCCGAGUGAGGACGCACAACAAGAGAACAGUGGCAAAAUGCAAGAGGAGGUUAAACAGGACAAAGAAAAGAAAGAGAAGGAGGACGACAAAGAGGAAAAAGAGCUGAAAAUGAAUAAAGAAGGGGACAAGCAAAAAUAUGGUUCCCAGUGUCCGUCAUUGGUGAAGAAACCGUCUCGUCCAGUCCCUCCGCCGAGGAGAAAACCAUGUUCACCUGAUGCACCUGUGUGCCUCAGCCAGGCUGCGGGAGGAGGAUCAGCAAAUCAGAGUGCUGGGAUGAAAGUGGCCCCUCCAUCACCAGCGAGGAGGCCUGAUGUUUCACUUUACUCACCACAAGGAAGUGCUGUGAUGGCAACCGACCCAGACUCCUGCUCGACCAGUAGUGCAGAAGAAGAUGGAGAGCUGAACCAGGAACAUGAAGAAAACCAAAGUCGUCCAGCAGAGAGCCGCAGUCCCAAAGCAGUAGUGAAGAGAACCCCGACCACCAUCAUGUUGGACAAAGCCCGCUAUCGCCUGUCCACCGUCAUCACCGGCCUCAUCAGCCACGAACGACGCCUCACACAGCGCAUCGUAGAACUGGCCAGGGAUCCUCUGAGCUACUUCGGUAACCUGGUAAAAGAGCACCGCUCUUUCACUUUGGAGACCAUGUCAAACCACUCCUCCACCACUGAGCUGCUACAGGAGAUCAGACAGAUGAUGACACAGCUGAAGAGUUAUCUUCUGCAGAGCACUGAGCUGCAAGCCAUGUUGGAGCCACAGCAUCAGUAUGCACAAGACAAACUAGAGAGUAUAGUAGAAGCUGCACUGUGUAAGAGUGUGUUGAAGCCAAUAAGGGAGCCAAUUUACCAGUGUCUGGAGAAACUGCACACAAGUGACACCAGCCUGAAUCAACUGACACAGAACCAGUUGUGUCAGUCUGUUGUCCUAGGAAGCACCACCACAGCACUAGGAAUAACCACCGCGGUUCCAGAGGCCUCUGCUAUGGAGAAGAUCAGCAUCAAACUGAACAAACUUCAUUUGGAAUAUUCUCCUCAAAAAAAGAUUGACCUUCUGCUGAAGACCUGCAAGAUCAUCUAUGACUGCAUGUCUGUCAGCAGUCCAGGGCGGUCCCACGGUGCUGAUGACUUCCUGCCUGUUAUGAUGUACGUUCUGGCCAGAUCCAAUCUGUCUGCACUGCAGCUGGAUGUUGAAUACAUGAUGGAGUUGAUGGACCCAUCACUAACAAUAGGAGAAGGUUCCUACUAUCUCACCACCACCUAUGGGGCUCUGGAACACAUUAAGACUUUUGACCAGCAGAGGUCAGCAACACGACAGCUCAGCAGAGAGGUUCAGGAUUCCAUCCACCGCUGGGAGAGGAGACGCACACUCAUUCAGGAGAGGACAGCCCAGGGAUCUGUGCGGGACUUUCUGACAGUGUGUUGUCCUGAGAUUGGAACCAACCCAAAAACUCUGGGUGUCCUCCCCACCACAACAGUGGAACAGCUGGCUGAGCAGUGUGCAGCUCGCUUUGAACAAGACUGCUACACACUCAGUGUGUAUAUAGACGGUGUGAAGAAGCCGCUGGUCUCCACAGAUCUCGCCCUCAGCGUUAAGAACGGCUGUCAACCUGGAGCUUACUGCUUUGUCUAUCACCCUAUCAACCAACCCAGCAGACAGCCCAGCCGCAGUUGCCCUCCUGACCCACCCCCUGCUUCGCCUCCUGCUUUGCGCCCUGCUCCACCCCCUGUUCCACCCCCUGCUUCGCCCACUGUUCCGCCGCCUGCUCCGCCGCCUGCUCCGCCGCCUGCUCUACCACCUGCUCCACCGCCUGCUCCACCGCCUGCUCCACCUGCAGAAAGCAUCUUCGCAGCUGAGGAAGCCUCAGUGGAGCCAGAGACAGAGGAAGAGAGUCUGAUUAGCUUGUAAAUGCUCUAGCUGUAUCACUACAGCAACCAUUGUAAAUUCAAAAGGUGGCAAAAAACGUUAGGCCACUGUCACCUCACUGAAAAUAACAAGAUAUUAAUUAAACCAAAACAAAUCAGAUUGAGUUAUUACAUCAGGAAAAAAACUCAUCAAAAAUAACCAUUCUAUAUCAACCAGGGCCAGACUGACUAAUUUCCCUAUAUAAACAUAUAGAGUUUUCUCAAAUGGCAACUUUUUUUUACUUAUUUGUUAAGUUGACAGCAGAAAUUCAAUUUUGUUCAUCUCACAAUUGAUGCAACAUGUCUACAUGUAUUAUGUUACGGUGAUAUUGUGAACCAAAAAUUCACUAGGAUUGUUUUAAAUAUGACUCCUGACUGGACACAGUCAGGACAACAGAAUGAGUAAUGCACACUCUGUUACAGCUACAACAUUCCGUCACCCCUAAUAUAAAGUGGAUGUUUAUUAUAGUUACGUACUUCAGGGAAAACUAGAAAAUGUGCAUUUCUGCUGGCAGAAAAUGCUGUGUGAACGCUGCGAUCAAAGGCAGAUGAGAUUCCCUAGCCUGGUUGCCAUGGUAACUUACAUGGAGAACAAAAUCAGCGGGGGGAACAUGGCAGAAAAAGCUAUGUAAAAGCAUAGACACUGAUACCUGAAUGGUUCAUAUUGGCUGAGAGAUGACGGAGUUAGCAGUUGAAUAAGGGUUAACCUAGAAAAUAAAGACUGGAAAACAACGGUGUGGAUGCCGAUUCAGCAUUCUUAUAUUUUGUGAAGUGUCUGUAAAUUUCUGCAGAAAGGAUAAUCAAGACUGCAUGACAUCGCACAUAAAAAACGUAUUGUAAUAACAGAUAAAUAAGUUCGUACUCAAAAAGCACCAGUGUAUAGUAGACAUAAUGGCGGAUCCACCCUAUGCAGUUAAACAUUGUUAUGCUCAUUUUGUGGAAACUGGAUUAUUUGUUUCAGAUAAUAUAUAUAUUUAUAUUCAAAACUUCAGCAGAGACAGGACAAUUAAAAAAAAAUGCAGGUAAGACAAGUUUACCUCUCAACUUUGAAAUCACUACUCAAAACUCACUUAUUUGUAACUGCUUUUCAUGUGAGAAUAAUGCUGUUUUUAUAUAUGGUGUCUUUUUUUUAUUAUUUUGUAAUGUGAUAUUUUAAUGUGUAAAGUGUGAUAUCCUGAAAAGCACUCUACAAUUAAAAUGUAUUUUUUAACCUGA